UGUAUCUGGAGUGUUUUGGUCACAGCCACCCGCCAUCAGCCUGAGCAUAACAGUGAGAGAGAAAAAUAUGAUCAAUGAGUCUGAAAGGAGUUUAAGUUAACAGCAGGUGUGCACAAAGUCCUCACCACAAAAACCCCGACAGCUGAACAGCAGUAGAAGCAGAGGACAGCAAAACACUUGAGUUUUGCUGCAUUCACAAAAUGUAGCCAUCAAAGAAGGUUGGUGGUGGAACCUGCUGCUGCUGCUGACAAAGACUAUGGAGCUUAAGGUGUGGGUGGAGGGUGUGGUCAGAGUGGUUUGCGGCUUAUCGCUGCACACUUCCUGUCAGGAUGUCGUGAUAGCUCUCGCACAAGCAAUUGGUCAGACAGGUCGUUACAUCCUUUUCUUAAAGUUACGAGGGAAUGAGAGACAGUUAGUUGCCAACGACUGUCCUCUGCAGCAUUUGGCUCAGCUGGGACAGCUGGCUACUGAGGCCCAGUUCAUUCUCCACAGGACUGGUCCCAGUCUAAGUGAUGGUCAAGAGAUGCCAACCAGAGAGAGAUUCUUUCUCCCCAGGCCGAACAAGGCUGUCACUUUUAAUCUGGGUCCAUCAUCACUUUCCAAGAGGACGAAACCAAACAGAACCUCAUCUCCAAACCCCUCCAAAGAGGAGGUGUUUAAGCAGAUUCUUCAGAAACAGAGGCAACUACAAGACCUGGAGAGUCAGGUCCAAGCUCUAGAAAGGGAGACAUGGCUGUGGGAGCAAAAGAGGUCAUCUGCUACAGUUCAAAGUCUGUCUGUGGCAAUUGCAGAAGAAUUGGAGGAACUGCAGCAGCAGCUAAGGCGGAACGAGGCAGAGCUGAUUCACAGCACACACUGGGAAGGAGAUUUACAGAUAGAGAUGGACAGAGAACAAGAUAUGCACAUACAUCUACACCAACUACAGUCAUUACUGGAAGAACACAGUUACCGGAUGAAGGAGAUCCAAAUCAGUUCUGCCCAUCUAGAACACAACAUACAACUCACCACCCACAGACAAAGUUCACAGGCUGCACCUUGGCAGCAGAAGGAGACCAUGCUACCACUGAGGCAGGAGCUCCACAACCGACUGCAGCAGGGAGAAGAACUGGAUGUAGCUUUCUCAGGGACACAGGAGGAGCUACGGGCUACUGAGCGAAUGUUACAGGACAGAUGGGAGCUGAUUGAGGAGCUGAAUAAGGAGCUGAGACAGUGUAACUUGCAGCAGUUCAUUCAGCAGACCGGUGGUCCACAUGCUGACCAGACAAACUCACUGCCCGUCACUGAAGUUUACCUCAGCAUUGCAGGUGUCAUGGAGUAGAAGCAGCCAAAAAAAUUGCCACUGUAAGUCAAGGGGAAGUUUAAAAUAUUAUAGUGAUAUGAUUAUUGUGUCAGUUUUUCCUAGCAGGAGUAAAAUGUACUUAAUAUAUUUCCUAGCUAGGAUUUAGAUCUUCUUGAACAUUAUGUUACUCUACCUCACAUGAAUUUAAAAAACAUAAAUGAAGAGGGCCAUCUAUUUUUAAUGAUUGCAAGUUCAAAAAGCAAUGGCAAUGGCACUUUGUCUAUUUCCUCUGCAGGACUUGAUGCCCUUCCAGACCCUACUGUGUGUGUGUGUGUGUGUGCGU